AUGGAAAUUGACUUCAAGCAUAUCCCUCGAAUUCAAAAUGAGUUUGUUGAUGCCUUUGCGACAUUGUCAUCAAUGAUCCAACAUCCGAACAAGAAUUACAUCGACCCGAUCAAGGUAGAAAUACACGACCAGCAAGUGUAUUAUUUUCAUGUCUAUGAGGAAUUAGACAGCCAGCCAUGUUACUACGCCAUUAAGAAGUUGCUCGAGAUGAAAGACUAUCGGGAAAAUGCUACUAACAAAAAGAAGCGGACCUUAAGGAGAAUGGCAAAUCACCUCUUCUUCGAUGGAGAAAUCCUAUAUAGGAGGACUCCAUACCUAGGAUUGCUAAUAUGUGUGGAUGCCGCAGAGGUGACAAGGUUGUUAGAAGAAGUACACGCGGGAACAUGUGAACCCCAUAUGAACGGAUUCACUUUGGCAAAGAAAAUUGUGAGAGCGGGAUACUUUUGGAUGACUAUGGAAAAAGACAACAUUCACUACAUAAAAAAGGGCUAUCAAUGUCAGGUUCACGGAGAUUCAUUUGAGUUCCCCCAAACGAGCUCAAUGUAA